CUUACUACGACAUGUCGAGGAGAACCUCCUCAGUCCAAGAUAUCGACGACUACCCUUCGCUUCUCUGGAUAGUCGUCCCUUCUGUUGUUCUCGCGUCAGCAUAUUUUGCGCGCAAAUGGUACCUAGCUCGUAAGCUCAAGGUUCACGGCAUUGGGAAAGGGGCACCGGGAUUCCAGACUGGUGUACGACGUGUCCGUGUGACGCCAGACAUCGCCACACGGAUACAGAGAGGAGAAGAAGUGAGUCCCGAGGAAAUUGCUGAGUCUAUUGCACGCGCGGAACGAGAAGCGGAGAAUGGACUUUCAUCCACUGUGACUCCUUCGAAAAUGACAUCUCCGCCGGCAGAACCAGUCAAUGAAUGGUUACCUGAAUCGCUCUCAAGACCCAAAAAGCAAGGAAAGAGAAGGCGAAAGUGACGUGUACACCUGUGAGUGAAUAUCGUAUCAGAUCUUGGCAGCGAUUGACUAGCUAUUCUUCUCUUGCUAGUCGGGAGUCGGAAAUGUGCAUGAUACGCAAUCUUUGCUGCUGUCGCUGGCAUUUUCCCCGUCGACCGGGCACUAUAGUGCUCUUGCUCAUUAGUACCUAGUACGAAUAUAUAUGUUCCUGCGAG